AUGGGCUGCAACGACAAGUGCGGGUGCGCCGUGCCGUGCCCCGGCGGCACGGGCUGCAGGUGCACCUCGGCGAGGAGCGACGCGGCGGCGGGGGAGCACACGACGUGCGGGUGCGGCGAGCACUGUGGGUGCAACCCGUGCGCGUGCGGGCGCGAGGGGACGCCGUCCGGGCGGGCGAACAGGAGGGCCAACUGCUCCUGCGGCGCGGCCUGCAACUGCGCUUCGUGCGGCUCGACGACCGCCUGA